UUUUAAUUUUCGUACCAUAAUUAUCACAACCAAAUAAUUAUUAUCACGUGUAAAGGAUAUUAUAAUACUUAAUCUGCAUCUAUUUAUACAUUUUGUUUUGACAACAAAGAAGGUUAGAUAUUCACUUAUUUGUUUUUUAUUCAAUUAAAUAAAACAUUGUAAUAUUAAAUUAAACAAGAUUAACUAUAAAAGAUAUUUGUUUAAUUUUAUAAUGAAUAAGAAAAACGAGAAAAUAAUACCAGGCGAUGGUUUACGAUCUUUAAAGAGUACAAUGUUAUUUCGUGCAAUUAACUAUGAAUUAUAUGUUAAACCGAAUAAAAUAAUAAUGAUUUUUGGAACCAUUGCAAUAUUUGGUUGUAUAGGAUAUAUUGUUUACAUGCAACGUAAUUCUAAUAAUACAGAAUACUAUUCUGUAAUUAAUUCUAAUGGAACAAUUGAUUUUAAAAAGAAAACAUCAAAAUGGACAAUAUAGUUUACAUAUUUUUUUAUGUUCAUUCAUAUUUAUUACAUAAAAUAUAGAAUUAUUAUUUAUUAUAUUAGUUAAUUUAUUUGUUACAUUCUACUUUAUUGACAAUUACUAAUUUGUUUA